UCCGGGAGUAGGGAAACGCGCGAAUUACAGCAAUAUCCAAGCUCUCAUUUACAAGAUCUGGUUACGUUUUUGACAAACGUUACAAAUGCGGCACUAUUGAAUUUGCCCGAGUCUAUUAAAAGCCUAUUGUACUUUGACGCCUUGGAGCAUUUGAGUCAUUCCCUGAAGAACCUCCUUUUGGAUCCGGAUAAUAGAAUUAUCACUGAAGUUGCAUUACGCAACUUUGAUACCGAUGUUCGAUUUAUGGAAGACUUCGUACAUCAACUAGGUGAUCCAACGAUUCUGGAUACGUUUGCCGAGCUUCGUCAGCUUAUUGAUCUCGCAAUGAGCGAUAACUCGGAAGAAUAUCUGACACCUCAAGUUCGAAGCCGCAAAUAUGGUCGAGUGAAUGGACGGGACGUGAUUGUCUUUUUUGAAAAAUUGUUACGAGACAAUAGCACCGCUUCCUAUACCAGCACUCCCAGGCAGAAAGCACACCGUAAAGGCAUGGAAAAUGUCGCAAGGGUCCUUCGUUCUGUACAUAUAUAAAAUACAAAGCAUACUAUUAUUAUCGAUAAUAAACAACUUUUUCUUUCGCUCUAUUAUUUUUCUAACUUUGUGGUCACUUUGUCCAAGGCUUCGUCUGCUUUAUCGAUGCCUAAGACUUGAGCUCGCUCGAAACGUGUCUUGGCAUCAUCCAAUCUACCCAUAGCUUCGUAUACACAUCCAAGGUUAUAUUGGAUCUCGCCGUCCAAAGGAUUAAAGUUUGAUGCUUGUUCCAGAUGUUUGACGGCUUCAGGCACGUUCUUUAACAUCAGAAAGGCAGAAGCGAUGUUGGUGUGAGCAUCGGCUUGGUUAGGAUCGAAUUCUAGUGAUCGUUCAAACGCACGAAUAGCAUCCUGAUGCUUGCCUAUAGCGGAUAUGAAAGAGGUUGUUUAGUUUCAAAUGAUGAUGAAAAUAGGCGUUGACUUUCUUACCCAUCUGAAAAUAGCAUACGCCAAUGUUAAAGUGACCAGGUGCUUUUUA